AUGGCACCAAACAUCCCAACUGAGCAAUGGGCACAGGUUGUCGAGGAGACCGGGAAGCCUGUCGUCUACAAGAAGAUCCCAGUCCAAAAGCCUGCCUCAGAUGAGGUUCUCAUCAACAUCAAGUUUUCUGGUGUCUGCCACACUGACCUCCACGCCGUGAAUGGCGACUGGCCAUUGGCAACCAAGCUCCCACUUGUCGGUGGACACGAGGGUGCCGGUGUCGUAGUUGCCAAGGGCGAAUUGGUCAACGAUAUUGAGAUUGGUGACCAUGCUGGUGUAAAGUGGAUCAACGGCUCCUGCUUGGCCUGCGACUUCUGCCAGAGAUCCGAUGAGCCUCUCUGUGCUAAGGCCCUUCUCUCUGGAUACACAGUUGACGGCACCUUCCAACAAUACUGUAUUGCCAAGGCAGCACACGUUGCCCGCAUUCCCAAGGAGUGUGACCUCGAGGCCAUUGCCCCUGUUCUCUGCGCCGGUAUUACCGUUUACAAGGGAUUGAAGGAGUCAGGUGCUAGGCCCGGCGAGACUGUCGCCAUUGUUGGUGCUGGUGGUGGACUUGGGUCUCUUGCAUGCCAAUAUGCUAAGGCCAUGGGUCUCAGAGUUAUUGCAAUCGAUGGUGGCAAUGAGAAGAAGGAGAUGACUGCCAAGCUUGGUGCUGAGUCGUACGUCGACUUCAUGUCCAGCAAGAACCUCGUCAGUGAUGUCAAGGCUGCUACUGCGGAUGGUCUAGGACCACACGCUGUCAUCUUGGUUGCUGUCAACGAGAAGCCGUUCCAACAGGCUGCUGAGUACGUUCGACCUCGUGGUACAGUGGUGGCCAUUGGUCUUCCAGCAGGUGCCUAUCUCCGUGCACCAGUCUUCGAGUCUGUCAUCAAGAUGAUUACCAUUAAAGGAUCAUACGUCGGAAACAGAGCUGAUUCGGCUGAGGCCAUCGAGUUCUUCAGAAGAGGCGUAAUUAAGGCACCGUACAAGUCUAUUGGCAUGAGUGAGCUUCAAAAGGUGUACGACCUAAUGCACGAGGGCAAGAUUGCUGGACGAUACGUCGUUGAUACCUCCAAGUAA